GAUGAUUAUAUGAUAUUUUGGUCAAAAAAUCGCGCUUAAUUUUUGCUAACGAUUCAACACAUUCAUUUCUAUAAAGCCGAAUUUAUAAUUAUUUCUAUAAAACACUGCAGAUUUUAUUUCUACUGAUCUGGGAGUGUUAAACUUUUGAAAUUUUUUCAUUGGUGAAAACUAAAUUGUGCAGAGUUAGUAAUGAAUUUUACUAUCUUUGUUAAUCAAGUGCAAUAUUUCUGUAAUCUUCCCGGGUUGAUUUUGAAUUUUUGUCCAUUUGUCGUUGAAACCCUUCAUCCUAAUGCAAGGUAAAAUAGUUGGUGUUUCAACAGUAAUUAAUGUUUGGUGUUUAUUACUGGAUACUGGACAAAACAUCGUUUUAUUUGAAGCUGUGUUUGAUUGGUGGAGGUAGAACGACUUAAUUCUAAACCUACUUAUUUUCAAAUACGGAAAGAAAAUAACUUUUAUAUGUUUUUGAACAAUCUUGAGUAAAAUGCCUUCCAAUAGAAACAAGCAAAAUGCAUUUUACUACUUUAUGCUUGAUUGGAGAAAACAAGAAGAAAAAAAAGGAUGUGUAUUUAAUAAUAUGAAAGAAGUGCAAAGUGACCCUAAAUUGAAUCAAGCAUGGAGAAAUUUGACAAGCAAUGAAAAACUGAUUUAUAAAGAAAAAGAAAGAAAUUGUAAACUUAAACAAAAUCUUAAUAAAAAAACUAACUUGGGAGAAUCUGUUGACGAACUUUUACAGAUCCAAAUAAGAGAAAAAGAUUUUCAUAAUCGUAUGAAAGAAUAUAUAUCAUCUAUUAUAAAAGAAGCUAAAAGGAAUAAUAGUGUAUAUACAUUGAAAUUCUAUGUGAUCCAUGUAAAUUAUUAUUGUAUGUAUAAUUGUGAAUCUCCAUAUAAUUAUAGCCCAGCUGAAAUUGCUUUAGUAGAAUUUUCUUUAGGAAAAGGAGUUAUGAGAUCCUACCAAAAGAUAAUAAAUUCAGAGAUAAAAAAAGGAUAUGCCUAUGAAGUAAAUAUUCAUUCAAAUAGCAGUCACCAAAUUCCAAGAGAACCAGAUUUUGGCGAAAAAAAUUAUGGUCAGAUUUUUAAAGAAAUAUGCCAAUUUGUAAGAUCUAACAAAGAAAAUGAAAGGUUACCCCCAUUGUUUACAUUGUUUAAUGUAGAACAAAUAAAAAAUUCAGUAAUGUCUGUGAUAAAUUUGUUAGCCAAUUUUGAUCAGGAAUGUAAUGAUAAUUUUGAUGUAUAUUCAUUUGAAGAGCUCUUUGUUAAUUUAUACAACAAUUUGAAGGCUGAGAGUGAUAAUGCAAUAGAUGAAGUAAUUGUUUCUUUACAAAUUAAAAAGGAUCCUUUUAAUUAUAAAACUAGUCUUUGUUGUGAUUUUCAUAAAAUUGGUUGUGGAGGAAACUUCUGUAGUAAAUCAAUUGUUCAGCGAUGGAUUUUUGUACUGUUUUCAUAUGUUUGUUCAUUACUGAAAAUAAAUCUCAUUCCAGGCUAUCAUAUGCCAAUUGAAAAUUUAGAUUUUAAUGAUGGACAGGAAUUAAAUAGAUCUUUUGCUGCAUUAAAUAUUUUUGGAGAUACACGUAACUAUCGAUUACCAUCAAAUUGGAACUCUAACAAUACUACAAAAUCCCCUUCUGAAAGAACAUAUAGAGAUGAAGAAGUACGAAAAUCUCAAUCAAAACCAUUGAUUAUUUAUCAAGGUUCAUUCAAACAUGGUUCUACAAAACAUUCAAUAUCUUCACACGAGCAAUCUUAUCCUUUGUCAGUAGAAGAUUUCCAAAGUGAUAGAUCAGUUGGGAUUCAUAUACCUGAAAAUAAAUUUUCUUCAAUUGGUAGAGGGGUAACUCUCAAACGAUAUAUACAAAAAAAUAAUCUUUGAAUGUUGGUAAGUAUUUUUCUGCAAUUAUAUACUAUAUUUUUUAAAUAUUGAAUGCAAUUACAUGCUCAACAUUUUUAUGAAUGAACUAGCUUGAAAAUUGAAAAACUUCUUAACUUAUUCCUAAAAUUGUAAAAGACAGAUUCUAAAUAUUCAUUUUUCAUUAUUUUUUUGAUCAUUCCAACCUCUUCAUUAAAUUGAAAAAUUCAAUUAGUUCUGCAUUACCUUACUGUUUUUUUGUUAUUUGAUCAGUAUAUGAUGUAUUUGAUACUAAUUCCAUCUAUAAGACAAUUAUGUAAAUAAGUUAUUUAUAUAUCAUAAAUAACAUUUAUAAUCACGUUGUAAAAUAACAUAAAAUGAAUUGAAUUUUAUCAAGAAGGGAAUUUGAACUUCAUGGUAUUAUCUACUAAUAUUUAAUUUAUCUAAUUUUUUUUGCAAGAUCUACAUUUUAUUUGGAGUGAAAAUAAGUAGAAACUUCAACAAAUGAAAAUUAUGACAGGUAGGUCAUUUGAUAUUAUAAAUGAUAAUUCGUGUAUAGUUUGAGCAGACAAGUUAAUAAUAAUUUUAUAAUGAUACUAAACUUUCAAUUUUUCAGUAUAAUUAUCUUCAAUGACAAUUUAUGAGAAUUUUAUAUUUUAUAUUUUUUUAUAUUUGUAAACCCUUUUUUAUUCCGUAAUAGAUUUUUUCUGCAGUGAUCAUACGUGAUUAAGUAAAUACCAUUUUUUAAGUGAUUCCUACACAUUUGUUAAAAUGUUAUAUACUUUGUAAUUUAUCCAAUAUAUUUGCUUAUUUACAGCAUUGUCAUUGAUAUUUUGAAAUAUUAGUUAUGAUUUGAUAUAGUAUAGAUAAUUGACUUAAUAU